CGUGUAUUUUAUGAUGAGUGAACAUACUUUUAGUGAAGAUGUGUCGAGAACUGCUGUUUUGAGUGCUUAAGAAAUUGCUAGCAUAGCUCUCCUCAUGGUUUGUUUUGCUGUAUGCUAGCGCGCUCGCCGUUCUAUCGUCUUGUAAUGAAGCCCACAUGUUUCAGUUUUCCUUUUUCUUUUGUUAGGCUGAUUCUGAAUGGAGAUAUAAUCCUGAACCUUUGCUCUCUGUGAAAUUGUACAGAUCAGCUCCCCCAUCUCUGGAAUUCAUCAUCAGUGAAACUCCUCCCACUGCAAAUACAUCAUCAGCGAAGCUCCUCCCACAGUAAUUCAGCAAUAAAUGCUGUAAAUUCCCAUCAGUUACAAGUGAAGACGAGCAUCAGGAAGAGCUGAAAUCUGCAAAGACUGAGUUUAUUAAAGAGGACAGUGAGAACAUGAGAGAUCCAGAACCCUGCAGAAUGAAACACACUGAAGAUCCUGAAGAACAAAGAGACCCGAUGGAAGAGAGCGAGGAGAGAGAAGAACUGAGUGAAGUGGAGGAGGAACAUCAUGUCCAACCUGGAGGAAAACCUUUGAGUCGCUCAAAGACUAAACAGACUUUUUUAAAGAAAAGAAGAGCCGAGAAAUCUUUCACCUGCGCUCAGUGUGGGAAGAGUUACACAUAUAAAAGUGAACUGAAGAUUCACAUGAUGAUCCACACCGGAGAGAGGCCGUUCUCAUGUGAUCAGUGUGGGCAGAGUUUCAGUCAAUCAUCAAGCCUUAACGUUCACAUGAUGAUCCACACCGGAGAGAAGCCGUUCUCAUGUGAUCAGUGUGGCAAAACGUUUCUUAGGGCAUCACACCUGAAGACACACCUGAUGGUUCAUACGAAGGAGAAGCCGUAUUCAUGUUCUUUGUGUGGAAAGAGUUUCUCACAGAGUCAAUCUGUACGUAGACAUGAGAAAACUCACACUGGUGUGAAAGAGUACAUGUGCUUUGAGUGUGGGAAGACUUUUACUGCAGAAAAAAGUUUAAAGGUGCACCAGAGAAUUCACACUGGAGAAAAACCUUACAAGUGUUCACACUGCGACAAGAGAUUCAAUCAGGCAGGAAAUCUGAAAACACAUGAGAUGAACCACACUGGAGAGAAACCGCACACGUGUGAUCAGUGCGGGAAGAGUUUCUCUUCUAAAGUUGACCUGAGAAGGCACAUGAUGAUCCACACUGGAGAAAAACCUUACAAGUGUUCACACUGCGACAAGAGAUUCAAUCACUCAUCACAUCUGAAAAGACAUGAGAGGAUCCACACUGGAGAGAAGCCGCACACGUGUGAUCAGUGUGGGAAGAGUUUCUCCGGUAAAAGUGACCUGAUGAUACACAUGAGGAUCCACACUGGAGAGAAGCCGUAUGAAUGCCAUCAAUGCGGGAAGAGUUUCACAUCCAAAAAUUCUCUUAACGAUCACAUGUUGAUCCACACCGGAGAGAAGAAGUUCACAUGUCAUCAUUGUUGCAAAAUGUUUCUUAGGGCAUCAGCGCUGAAGUCACACCUGAGUGUUCAUACGAAGGAGAAGCCGCAUUCAUGUUCUGUGUGUGGAAAGAGUUUUUCACAGCUGCAAUAUUUACGUGGACAUGAGAAAAUCCACACUAAUGAAAGCGAGUACAUGUGCAUUGAGUGUGAGAAGACUUUUACUACAGCAAACAGUUUAAAACGGCACCAGAGGAUCCACACUGGAGAAAAACCUUACAAGUGUUCACACUGUGACAAGAGAUUCAGUCAGUCAGUAAAUCUGAAAACACAUGAGAGGAUCCACACUGGAGAGAAGCCGCACACGUGUGAUCAGUGCGGGAAGAGUUUCUCUAUUAAAAAUAACCUGAAGCUACACAUGAGGAUUCACACUGGAGAAAAACCUUACAAGUGUUCACACUGCGACAAGAGAUUCAGUCACUCGGUAAAUAUGAAAACGCAUGAGAUGGACCACACUGGAGAGAAACCACACACGUGUGAUCAGUGCGGGAAGAGUUUCUCUAUUAAAACUAACCUGAAGCGACACAUGAUGAUCCACACUGGAGAGAGGCCGUUCUCAUGUGAUCAGUGUGGGCAGAGUUUCAGUCAAUCAUCAAGCCUUAACGUUCACAUGAUGAUCCACACUGGAGAGAAGCCGUUCUCAUGUGAUCAGUGCGGCAAAACGUUUCUUAGGGCAUCACACCUGAAGACACACCUGAUGGUUCAUACGAAGGAGAAGCCGUAUUCAUGUUCUUUGUGUGGAAAGAGUUUCUCACAGAGUCAAUCUGUACGUAGACAUGAGAAAACUCACACUGGUGUGAAAGAAUACAUGUGCUUUGAGUGUGGGAAGACUUUUACUGCAGAAAAAAGUUUAAAGGUGCACCAGAGAAUUCACACUGGAGAAAAACCUUACAAGUGUUCACACUGCGACAAGAGAUUCAAUCAGGCAGGAAAUCUGAAAACACAUGAGAUGAACCACACUGGAGAGAAACCGCACACGUGUGAUCAGUGCGGGAAGAGUUUCUCUUCUAAAGUUGACCUGAGAAGGCACAUGAUGAUCCACACUGGAGAAAAACCUUACAAGUGUUCACACUGCGACAAGAGAUUCAAUCACUCAUCACAUCUGAAAAGACAUGAGAGGAUCCACACUGGAGAGAAGCCGCACACGUGUGAUCAGUGUGGGAAGAGUUUCUCUUGUAAAAGUGACCUGAUGAUACACAUGAGGAUCCACACUGGAGAGAAGCCGUAUGAAUGCCAUCAAUGCGGGAAGAGUUUCACAUCCAAAAAUUCUCUUAACGAUCACAUGAUGAUCCACACCGGAGAGAAGAAGUUCACAUGUCAUCAUUGUUGCAAAAUGUUUCUUAGGGCAUCAGCGCUGAAGACACACCUGGAAGUUCAUACGAAGGAGAAGCCGCAUUCAUGUUCUGUGUGUGGAAAGAGUUUUUCACAGCUGCAAUAUUUACGUGGACAUGAGAAAAUCCACACUAAUGAAAGCGAGUACAUGUGCAUUGAGUGUGAGAAGACUUUUACUACAGCAAACAGUUUAAAACGGCACCAGAGGAUCCACACUGGAGAAAAACCUUACAAGUGUUCACACUGUGACAAGAGAUUCAGUCAGUCAGUAAAUCUGAAAACACAUGAGAGGAUCCACACUGGAGAGAAACCACACACGUGUGAUCAGUGCGGGAAGAGUUUCUCUUUUAAAAAUAACCUGAAGCUACACAUGAGGAUUCACACUGGAGAAAAACCUUACAAGUGUUCACACUGCGACAAGAGAUUCAGUCACUCGGUAAAUAUGAAAACGCAUGAGAUGGACCACACUGGAGAGAAACCGUACACGUGUGAUCAGUGCGGGAAGAGUUUCUCUAUUAAAACUCACCUGAAGCGACACAUGAAGGUCCAUGUAGUGGAUAAACCACUGAAACACAGUCUGAAAUCACGCUAAGAUGGUUUUCAUGUGAUGAACAACAAAGUCUCUUCUGUGUAAGUUAGCCACAUCACCUGAUAGCCACAUCUCUCCUCUCCACCUAUAGUUGGUGUGUGGUGAGCACAGGACAUUUUGUUGAUUGAUUGAUAUCUAUUAGCUUGUGUUCAACUGACAGGAAUGACUGUUAUAUUUUAGAUAUAUUUGGCAAAUUGUUAUCUGCUCAAUUCCAGAUGUUCUGAUCAAUAAGAUACCACCGGUUUUAAUGACGGGCACCAUUGUGCAGUCAAUGUAUCAAAAUGAGCCUGAGAGUGAAAUCUUUCAAAUCUUUUAACUUUUUGAGAGUAUUCUGGAAUUAAAGUGUAAAUCUCCUUGAAUUAAUGCUUAUAAAUGCAGGGUGUGUGUACAGCCAUCACUCGUGUGGUGCUUCUCCAGCACAAAAUACAUUGUGAGGUAGCUGUGUUAUUUAGAAAACC